CGAGGCUCUGUUUCUUAGACUUCGAAAUAAGAAUAAUGGAUUUGAAUGCCUUAAAGAUUUGUGUCUACUUGACCCUACAAUGACCGAUCAAGACUUGAAGCUUUUGUUAUCCAAUUGCAUUGCUCUUGAAUCCUUGGAACUUAAGUAUGCUUUCGGGUUGGAAAAUGUCUCAAUUGUUGGUCACACUAAACUGAAGCAUUUGAACCUGACGUACUUGAAAGCUCACUCCUUUGUGAUUCGCGAUACUAUUAGCCUCGUUUCUUUGACACUGCGUAUCUUGAUCGAUGGACGCUCUGUGCAACUUAGUAAUACUCCCAAGCUUACCCAACUCUAUCUUGAAGCAUUUUUUCCUCUAAAAUUGCUUGAUGAGCUCUUUACUGGAAUGCCAGCUUGUAUACGCGACCAACUCCAAAUAAUGCACAUCACCGCUAAAGUUAGAACUGAAUGUGAGAAGUCAUGGGUUGAUCUUGUAAAUGUAAAACAUCUAGAGUUGACCUUUGUUGCAGUGAAGUUUAGUCUCGGCCCGUAUUUUUUGUGCAAUUUCUUUCGUUUGGUUCGUUUGGUUGAAGCAUGUAGUUCAUUGGACAAACUUGUGAUAAAGCUUCCGAUUUUACCGCCCUCACAUGAUGAAUGCACGUUGGAAACAUAUAUUGGACCAAGAUGCGAGUUGUCGCCAAAGUAUUUGGAAAUCUCACGAUAUUCUGGUGCUCCGUCACACAAUUGGCUUUAACUUUGUACCUAAUUGAUAAUGCUAGUAGAUCUCUUCAAAAAGUGUCUGUGGUGGCUCAAGAUGAAGAGGCAUUAGCUCGUGCACGCCAUGAUUUUCAACGUAUUGCGUUUGUUAGUUUUUCAGUUAUGUAACCGUUUAUACCUUCCUUUAAAUUUAUGUGUCGUUGU